UCAAAAUUUUAAUUCUUUCUUUUAAUUUAUUUCUUAUUGAAUUUGUUUUAUUAACUUACAAUUUAAUCUCUUUAAUUGUUAAUUGUUUGUGCCUAUUGAUAAAACAAAACAAAAGUAAACUGAUUAAUCCUCUUAAUCGGUUAUUAAUCUUUAGUCAUCGCCAGUGUUGUUAACCCAUUGGUUACUUUUUUUUUUAAUUUGCUUUUCUCACUUAAUUUUGUUUAUAAUGUGAUCAUUUUGAUCUUGAUUAGAUAAUUUUAAUUAUAUAACUUUCACGUUUAGUCAUCCUGUUGAUGUUUAUCUAAUGGUCAUCAAUGUGAUCUCUUCUUGUCCAGUCUGGUUUUCAUUUUUUGUAACCAAAGGAUAAGGUGAUAGAUUUGAUUAGAUUCGCCAUUUUUGCUUUCAUUUUGCUUUCUUUAUUUAUAAGGAAGUUGUGAGAAACAAAAUCUGAUACAAGUUUGAUAAAUUGUCUGGAUAGUUGUCACAUAAUCACCAACCUGGAAUCAACUGAACCUGUUUUCUAUUGCACCGUUACCAUGUAUCGAGCUAAUACUGAAGAUGCCCCCGAAAAAUUGGUUCAAGAUGGAUCCCUCUCUCUCUCUCUUUGCUCACACAACCUUUUCUCCAUUUCCAAGCCCUCUCCCCCCUCUAAAUUUCUUCUGUUUAUACUGUUAUUUUGCUCACUCUGACCUGCCUUCUCGCCUUCUAUUUACUUCCUAGUUCAAGUUUCGUUAACAACAACAACUCCAAUCAACUAACCAUGAAGUCCGUUAUCUUAAGUGUUUUCCUUGUGGCAAUGGUUUUCGCCGUUGUCUCAGCUUCCGUUGAUACCUCAGCUCAAGCUCGUCAGGCUGCUUUCAAUGAGCGAAAGGCUCGUUUUGAUACCGAAAAGAAGGAAAUUUCCAGUUUCAUGGGUACUAAAAACUUAUUCAAAACUGUUUUGAAAAUUUUGUUUGGUUCUAACGAAGAAAGUACCGCUACAUCUCGACAAGUUCUCAAUGUUCUAGUUGAGGUUCUUGAUAUGGUUCGAAGUUCAUUCAGUCAAAAGGCUCGAAGUUCAUCUUCACGAGGAUUAAAAGAUACCGUUGAUGGAGCCGCUUUCGCUGGUGCAACCAUGUUACGUGGUUACGUUAAAUCAUAUUUAGCUGGCGAUGAUCAUUGUGCUCAACGACAUUUGUGCGAAUCAUCAAAAGAGGCUGCACGAGAAGGACGCGAACUCGGUGGUGUUGUAGCUCAAGUUGGAGGUUAUGCCACUAGCUACCUUCUUCCCCAUCAAAAAACUAUCCCAUCAAGUGCCGUUAGUGAGGCCGUUAGACGAGGACGAAGCAACGAAGAUUGUGCUAAGAUCUACUCAAAUUGUAACGAAACCUUGUAAAACAAUUAACUAACACCAAUCUACGACCAACCCACCUUAAAACAACACACGAAAUGAGCUUGGACUAUUCUUGGAAACUUUUGAUUGAAAUCAAUCAGAAUAUACAUUUUUAAUUUAAUCUUAUUAACGAUGAUCAACAAUUUAUACCACCGAUUUGACUAGUUAACUGAAAAAAAAAAUUGAAAAAAAACUAAAUUCAGUUUCCUAAUCUAAAACCUAAAUUACAAACAAACAAACAAAAAACAAUUUAAAUUAACAGUAAAGAUUGAUUAAUAAAAAGUUUCAUAAGUAAAUUAAAAAUCAU